CACCCACAAUCAUAAAAGUUAUUGGUGAGAGAGAGAGAGAAGAUGUGGGAUUACUACUCCAACUCCGGCAUGUCUUGUUCAUUGGUAGUUUUAUUUGUAUUUGCUAAUUUGCUACUCCUUACUACUAGUACUACAACCCAAAAAGACAUGAUCGAAUCCACCAUCAACAAAACCAAACACAUCAUCCAAACCAACUUACAUACCAUCAACAACCUUCUCAUCAAAGCCAAUCCCGAUGAUCAUCGCACGAAAAUCGCCCUCCAAGAUUGCUUGGAGCUGGGAGAUGGAACCUUACAAAGACUCGACAUGGUCAUUCGUGAGCUUAGAGCGUAUCCAACAACCAACAAUAUUUAUAAUAAGGCAUCUGCGGCCGAUAACCUUAGAACCAUGAUGAGCACGACUAUCACCAACAAAGAAACAUGUUUGGAUGGAUUAUCCCAUGAUGCACCUUCCAAGAAAGUGCGUAAAAAGAUUUUCCUGGGACAGGAUCGUGGAGGCCAGAUGUGUAGCAAUGCUCUAGCCAUGAUUAUAAACAUGACUACUCCUAGUAGUGAUGAUAGAAGGAUUAAAAAAGUAGUAGUAUCGUGGCCAGAAUGGUUGUCUGUGGGAGAUAGGAGGAGAUUGUUACAGUCGGGGGGGGAGGUGACCCCGAACGUGACCGUGGCCGCGGAUGGCAGCGGGGAUUAUACGAACGUGGGGGCAGCGGUGGCAGCUGCACCCUCCAAGAGCGGAAGCAGGUACGUGAUAAAGAUAAAGGCAGGGGUGUACAGGGAGAACGUUAACAUACCAAGCAGCAAAACAAACAUUAUGUUAAUCGGGGAUGGAAGAAGUAACACUAUUAUCACCGCAAGCGAAAGCGUAGCUGGCGGCAACACUACCUUCAACUCGGCUACCGUAGCUGCGGUGGGUGAUGGAUUCUUAGCACGAGAUAUUACAUUUCAAAAUGCAGCCGGGCCUUCAGGGGAACAAGCCGUGGCAUUACGCGUCGGCUCUGAUUUAUCCGCAUUUUAUAGAUGUGCUAUGCUAGCCUACCAAGACACCCUUUAUGUUCACUCUAAUCGUCAGUUCUAUGUCAACUGUGUGGUUGUUGGUACCGUCGAUUUCAUAUUUGGCAAUGCUGCCGCUGUCUUUCAGAACUGUGACAUACAAGCCCGUAAACCCAACCCCAAACAAAAGAACAUGGUCACUGCUCAAGGCCGGACCGAUCCUAACCAAAACACGGGAAUUGUCAUUCAAAAGUGUACAAUAAGUGCUACUUCUGACCUGCAACCAGUUCAAGCCGACUUCCCAACAUAUCUUGGAAGACCAUGGAAGGAGUAUUCUAGAACAGUGGUGAUGCAAUCGACCAUCAGUGACGUGAUCAACCCUGCAGGAUGGUACCCAUGGGAUGGGGAUUUUGCUCUUAACACUUUGUAUUACCGAGAGUACCAGAACACCGGGCCUGGAGCUGAUACGUCUAACAGAGUCACAUGGCCUGGAUGGGGUGUCAUUACCAGUGCUACAGAGGCCGCCAGUUUUACCCCUGGAAGCUUCAUUGCUGGAGGUACUUGGUUGCCAGCCACUGGCUUCCCUUACUCGCUUGGUUUGUAAAUUAAUUUGUAAUGGCAAUUAAUGAACCAGAUUUGGUGGGCUUUUAGUAGCUAUAAAUUAAAUAAUUUGGGAACCUAUUAUUGUCCCAAUAAGAGGUAUGCAGUUUGCUUCA